UUUUCCCACUCAGCAGCCAUUUUGAGCCAUCCUUUAUGACGCCACGCGAAGCUGUAGCUGAGCUGGCUGAGCAUUGAAGCACUGCGAUGUAACAGCGACUACCCCAACCGCUCAUGGUCUGCGUUGCAGCCAACUGUAACAAAGCCCUUAGUUCAUCGCAAACCUUUGACGUGUGCGGCGGCCGCAAUGGAGCCCUCGGUCACGGACGUAUUCUGUCUACGCUGCGACUCCUCUAGCUACCUCAAACAAGCAGCUUCGCCCUAGAGCGGGCACGGAACUGUAAAUAUCCCUUAGUGGAAUGGAUUCUAAGAAGAGUCCGAGUCGGCGUCCUAAACGGCAGCCCAAGGAAGACAAUGUGUGGGACUGCAGCGUGUGCACGUACCGCAACACUGCUGAGGCGUUCAAGUGUCUCAUGUGCGACGUGCGCAAGGGUACCUCCACCAGGAAACCUCGCAUCAACCCCCAGCUGGUGGCCCAGCAGCUGGCGCCCAGCCGGGGGGGCCGCCCCGGCUCGGGCUGCCGCGGCGGGAGCCGCCCCAAGGCCCGGCCCCGGCUGAAGAACGUGGACCGGUCGACGGGGCAGCAGCGGGCCGUGACGGUCAACAACGUGACAGUCAUCAUCACAGAGUUCCAGCCCAAGCGGCUCUCGGACGCCCACAGCUCCUCCAGCACAGACGGGCACUCGGACGGGCACGGGGAGGCCAGCUUGAAAUGAGAGAUGGAACGGGCUUGACGGUGACUCGGCACGAUUUUCCUUCACGAUUGGAGUCAACAUUGGGAGAAGGCUGCAGCGUGCAUGCCCAGUUCAAUGGCUGCUACGAAACGGUGUUGGUGGUUGGCCCGGCGGACGGUUGCGUGCAUUUCUACUUCAAACCACUUGCGAGAUGCCAGUGCAGAAGUCGUCGCCAGCGUUCGGACAGUGCGUCUUCGCCGCCUCGGCUCCCGAAAGGGCGCGGCAGCACUCCAUCGAAGACAUCAACCUCUCCUAUUUUCUAGUUCAAUUGGCGUUCUCUUAACCAAACUCCAUACUACCAGCGCGUCGCCAUAGCGCCGUGCAGUUCAAGGUACAAAGACUCAUUCGUAAGAUCUACGUGUCGUGGUGUUUUGGAUCUUCGGUUUGCCGCAUGUGUUCGGAAUGUGGUGGGAGCCUGAGAUUAUGGGGAAAACGUGUAUAGUUGGGAAAUCUGGGCCCUACCCAUCAGUCUGCGUCGCCAGGGGGUGGGAACCUUGACACGCGAAGCUCAAGCGGACUACACCUUUAAACGUUGCAGUACGAUGCAGAUAAAUCUGGAGAUGAUGUAUUUCUCUCCGAAUAGUGCCGAACCGUUAUUCGCUGCUUUGUCGAGUAGUGUCUCCAACGGUCGCUCCAUCUCAAAAUCCACCGCACGUUUCUUUUCACCGAGCCUCGGAACCUUUCACGUAAACAGAACAGGGUCUCUCGCAGAAUAUUUCAUCUCAGCAUCUUCUAAAGGAAGCGAUUGCAAGGAAGGCAUGUCAAAUACGGAUUGUCAUUAGUCACGUCCGCCUAGAGCAGAGGUUCUCAGAUUUGCGGUCAUCAUGGACCUCUUGACCCACUAGGGGGCUUCUCGAGGACCCCCAAUACGUUCUGCAUUAAAAGUCUUGCGCAAUGCCGUAAAAAAAAAAAAAAGUUUUUUUUUUUUUUUUUGUGUUUAGUGCGGACUUACAUGAACGCUCUCUAGGGCCCCUGUGGGUCUGUGGACCACAGUUUCGAGAACCGUUGGCCAAUGCUUGUCUCGAAGGAACGAAAAUUUCUCGUACCCUUUGUCCGAGUAUAGUUAGAACUCUCGGUGCAAUGGAUAACGUCAUUUCAGUAUUGUCGGCUUGGGAUAGAUUCUUCGCCGAUUCCUUUCAUGGGAACUGGCAAUUUCAUUUUUACUGGAGCGGCCCCCUAAUGAACUACCCAAAUUGAAAAACUUGGUUUGAAUCUGUCGUUGAGAUAAUGGGCGUAGUUGUAAAGUACUUUGUGAGAGAAUAUUUUAAAAGGAGUAGCACUUAAUUGCCUAGUGCUCCUGCUUUACGUUAUUCACUGCCUUUUGUUUUCUAAAUAUAGUUUCUUUCUCUUUGCUCUUCCAAGCUGCUACCGAGCAUCCUUCCGCUGCGAAACACCAGUUUAUCGUGCCAGGAUCCUUUCGUGUACCAUGGACGUGUUUUUUUUUUCUUUUUUUCAGAUCGGCGCAGGAGCGCCAAUUAUUUAUUUUUCUGCGACGGAAACCUAGCAUUCAAGCUAUUCGUGAUUUCUGGUGAAUCUAGAAACGAAUAGUCUUGUGACCCUAAUCUAUCUUCAAGAAACAGAUAUAGUAGAUGCAGCUUCAGAGAGAUGCCACAAAGUUGUCUGCAUUUACACGGGUGCAACUGUAGCGUGUCAAAUCGAAGGGGGGCCGAUUGGGCACACUUAGUUCCCCCUCUUCCUUCACAUACUACCCAGUUGUGAUCAUUUCCCUUCUAUUCGACGCGCCACGCUCGCAUCCAUGUAAAUGCAGCUCAUGUAUGGUACGUAUUGGUGUGUUGGCAUGCACUCUUUUCAUGAUUGUGUAUUUGUGGACAUGUAGAGUGAUUUUUGCAGCGAAGAUAUGCCACUGUAUGUUCACCCUUCGGGGAGAUACGAAGCAUUCCUUCUAGUUUUCUGUCGGCAGUGUAAAAAUAAAGCAUGCUGAGAGUGGAUCUUAACUGAAAAAAAUAAAGUGAAUUCUUUUUUG